AUGCCAGAUUACCAGUCCAGCUCUGCCUCAGAUGUGAUCUCAUUAGAUGGAGGGAGGCUGACCAGAUGGAUUCCUGACAGCAGAGCAAACAGACAAUAUGAUCAACAGACUCCUGCUGUCAGUCUCUCAUCCAGAAAGAUUGUUAUUCUUGGUAAAACUGGUGUAGGGAAAAGUGCAGCUGGAAACACAAUACUGGGACAGAAAGUGUUCAGAUCUGAGAAAAGAAAUUCUGAGGUAACAACUGAAUGUUCAGAAGCUCACGCCACUGUUUCAGGCAGAUCAGUGUCUGUAGUUGAUACUCCUGGAUUCUUUGACACACAGAUGAGACCUGGAAAGUUGGUGUCAAAAAUAGGGAGCAGUGUGUACCUAUCCAGUCCUGGUCCUCAUGCUUUUCUCAUUGUGUUUCCUGUGAAUAUUAGAUUCACUGAACAUGAGCAACAGAUUUCUCAGCAGAUUAAGAUGAUGUUUGGAGAAGAAGUGUUAAAAUACUCCAUCAUUCUCUUCACUCAUGGAGAUCUGUUAGAUGAGCCCUUGGAGGAGCUCAUUCAGCAUAACAGCAUAUUAAGACAUCUAGUUCAGCAGUGUGGAGGCAGAUAUCAGGUGUUCAACAAUAGAGAUGAGAAUAACAGAGAGCAGGUGAAUGAUCUACUGCAGAAGAUUGACACAAUGAUUGAACAGAAUGGAGGAGGACAUUACAGUAAUCAGAUGUUUCAAGAUGCUCAGACAUUCAGACAAAAGGAAGAGGAGAGGAGACUGAGAGAAGAAGAGGAACACAUGUAA